GUUAAGGACUUGAUUGUGAGGAAAAUAUUGUUUGGGGCUUAGUAGUGAAAAUUUUGAAACUUAAGGGACUUAAAAGAGGAAAGAAUUUGGAUAAGGAUCGGGUGAUUUUUUUUCUUCCUUCUUUCUUUCUUCAAUCGCGUGUUUCUCUUCUUCUUCUUCUUCUCCCCUGCACUGAACAAGAGCCCCAGCCACCACCGAUGCCCCCACUUGAGAAAUCGAUAAGAGAACUUGAUAUUUUCCUUCCUUUUCUUGUUCAAGAACAAGAUUUAAGCUUGGAAACCUUUCCCCCCUCUACAGAAUUUCGGAUCUGCUUUGCUCUAUCUCUCCCGUCCGUCUGCUGCUCCUGCUUUGUGGGGGCAAAUUGCUCUGGUUUCUGGUAAGAAGCAGCCCGAAAUUCCUUUGUUCUUCCUUGAAUUGGUUUGGGUUUACUCUAAAUCCCCUUGGUUCUUCCAAUUUUCGGUAGAUUUCCUGAUUUUUCUCCUUCAUUCCCGUCGGCCUUCCCCUAGCUUGCAGCUCUGGUUUUGUUGGCAAAAUUCUGGUGCUGUUAUGGCUUAGAGCACUGGGAUUGAGUCCUCGGUUUAUGCGAUUGAGGUAAGUAAAUUAUGGUAACACCCUCCGAUUUUAAAGAACAUUUUAGUUUGUUUUUGAAGUGGUGGCGGGACUAAACCUGUUUUAUACAAGUAUGAUCGAUUUGAAAUGAAAUUAUUAUUCUUUUUAUUGAUUUGAGCAUGCCUUUUUGGAGUUUACUUAACUGCCCUGAUGAUUUGGAAAUUAUUUGUGAAUUAUGAUUUUUCCUGUUAACUUCUACUUGUUUUGUCUCCGAUAUGGUCAUGUUAUUCGUGUGCCCGCUAGUGGGAGAUUUAUAAACACUAGCACAUGUCGACAUGUUACUGAUAGAAUCGGUUCGUUUUUGUUAUACUGUUAUCUUGCUAGUGGGAUUAUACACUAGUAAAUCGUGUGCCUGCCAGUGGGAGGUUUAUAACACUGGUCAUGACCUAUAGAGGAGAUGUUUAUUUCGUUUUUGUACUUGUACCUAUUUUUCAUGAUUAUACUGGUUGGCAUGCUAUAAGUUUAAUUAAGAGCUAUCCAUAUUUACUUACUGAGUUAUCUCAUAGUUUUUCCUUGUCCACCAUUUCAGGAAGCGAAGUCAAGGACGAGGAAAAACGAGGGGAGUGACGAGUUAGAAGGCUAGCCAUCCUGUAAUUUGAUAUAGAUUUUAGAUAUAAAUCAUGAUGUUGUAAGCUAGACUUUAUUUGGAGAUUUAUGAUAUCAAGUUAAUAUAAUUGCUUUAUUUAACUGAAAUCUCUUAACAAAUCUACAAAAAGAUGAAAGUUGCAGAGAAAAGCAAAAACUUGAUUCAAUGGCCAUGGUGCUUAUCCUAUCUUGCAAUGAUUCGAGAAUUUUCCCCAAUGAACUAGAGAUGUUCUCAAGUCACUGAAUUUUAUGCAAAGCAUGUCAUUAAGCCUAUUAAUGAAUGCACAACACAAAG